GUGGAAGCUUCUGCUCCUAUUGAUGAGCCUGAUCAGCAUGGGAAGACCUCGAUCCAGGCCGCGGCUGGCGAAGGACAUUUGGAGGUUGUGCGGUAUCUCUGUGAGCAAGGCGCUGACAAGGAGACGUUUGACCAAAAGGGUCGAACUCCUCUCCACAGAGCCGUGGACGCUGGACGCCUGGAUGUGGCGCGCUUCCUGCUAGAGGCGAGGGCGGACAAAGAUCAGCCCGAUCACCAGGGAAGGACUCCAAUGCACGACGCCGUCCUUGCCGGGCAAGCACCGCUGGUCAGGUUGCUGAGUGAGGCAGGCGCAGACAAGCACAAACGAGACGACUUGGGCCGCGCUCCCAUCUACGAUGCAGCUUGCGCGGGUAAUCGCCAGAUCGUCAGCUACCUGAUCCAGCACGGCGUUGACGUCGACGCCCGGGACUCUGAUGGCCGCAGCGCGCUGUUCGUGGCCUGCCAUGUGGGCUGCCUUGGCACCUUGAG